CACAGCUUAAGGACUCUGCUUCAUCAGUCAUUUGUUGCAAAUUACCAGUCUCCUCUAUCUGAUGAUGAUCCAGAGGCAGCUAGAUGCUUAGUGCGAAAAGUAAUCAAUGAUAGCUUGACUAAGUUAGAAGGGGAACUUGCUGUUACUGAAAGGUGUAUCAGAUGGGAACUUGGUUCUUGUUGGGUAGAACAUCUACAAAAGUAUGACACUCCAGUAAGUAACAGCUCAAAAAACAUUGUAGAGGAGAAUGGUGCUGAAUUAGAUGUUAAAGGUCUUGGGAAGCAAUUAAAAGUGUUGAAGAAGAGAGAAAAGAAAACAGAUGGUAUCGCAGAAGAUAGUUCUAGCACAGGAAUCAUGUUCACUGGUGAAAGCACUGAUCUUGAGGACCGAAAAAAGGGCAAACACAAUGGUGACACCGAUAUAAAGAAGUUGGUUCCUGAGGCAGCCUUUUUGCGCUUGCAAAAUACUGGAACAGGUCUUCAUCAAAAGUCCUUGGAUGAGCUUAUUGAGAUGGCCUACAAGUAUUAUGAUGAAGUUGCUUUACCAAAGCUGGUAGCGGACUUUGGAUCGCUUGAACUUUCUCCAGUUGAUGGACGCACGCUAACUGAGUUUAUGCAUACUAGAGGUCUUCAAAUGCAUUCCUUGGGACAUGUGGUUGAACUUGCACAGAAGCUUCCCCAUAUACAGUCUUUCUGCAUUCAUGAGAUGGUUACCCGAGCCUUCAAGCACAUACUUAAAGCUAUCAUUGCAUCCGUUGACAAUUUGGGAGACUUGCCUACAGCAAUAGCCUCAACAUUGAAUUUCUUGCUUGGGUCCUUCAUAAAGGGAAUCAAUGAUCAAGAUUUAACCAGUGAUUAUGCUCUAAUCCUCAGGUGGUUAAAGGCCUUUGUUUCCAGGAGGUUUGGUUGGAAGCUAAAAGACGAGUUUCAACACCUGAGGAAGUUCUCAAUUCUCCAGGGGCUCUGCCAUAAGGUUGGAUUGGAAUUGGCUCCGAGAGAUUAUGAUAUGGAUAGCCCAAACCCUUUCAAGAAGUCUGAUGUUAUUAGUGUAGUCCCAGUAUCCAAACAUGUCACAUGCUCAUCUGCAGAUGGCCGUAACCUACUGGAGUCAUCUAAGAUUGCAUUGGAUAAAGGAAAACUUGAGGAUGCAGUCAACUAUGGAACAAAGGCAUUGGCAAAAAUCAUAGCUGUAUGUGGUCCCUAUCAUCGCACAACUGCAAGUGCAUACAGUCUUCUGGCAGUAGUCCUGUACCACACAGGAGAUUUUAACCAGGCAACUCUAUAUCAGCAAAAGGCUCUAGAUAUCAAUGAGAGGGAGCUUGGUCUUGACCACCCAGACACAAUGAAAAGCUAUGGAGAUCUUUCAGUAUUUUACUAUCGCCUACAGCACAUUGAGCUGGCUUUGAAGUAUGUCAACCGUGCAUUGUACCUUCUUCAUUUUACAUGUGGACUGGCACAUCCAAACACUGCUGCAACAUAUAUAAAUGUAGCUAUGAUGGAAGAAGGCAUGGGAAAUGUUCAUGUUGCUCUUCGAUACCUUCAUGAAGCCCUUAAAUGCAACCAGAGAUUGUUAGGAGAAGACCACAUACAGACUGCUGCAAGCUAUCAUGCCAUAGCCAUAGCCCUUUCAUUGAUGGAAGCAUAUUCCCUCAGCAUGCAACAUGAGCAAACCACAUUGCAAAUUCUUCAAGCCAAACUUGGACAUGAAGACCUCAGAACUCAGGAUGCUGCUGCAUGGCUUGAAUAUUUUGAAUCAAAAGCUUUAGAACAGCAAGAAGCUGCCCACAAUGGAACUCCAAAGCCAGAUGCAUCCAUUGCUAGCAAAGGUUACCUUAGUGUGUCUGAUCUUCUUGAUUACAUAAGCCCUGAUCAAGAUUCAAAAGGCAGAGAUGUACUGAAGAAACAGCGUUGUGUAAAGGUGCUACAGAGUAAUGGUAGAAGCCACCAAGUACAACAUGAUGCAAUCACUGAUAAUAUCCGGUUUGAUGAAAGCUCAAUGCACUCUGCUUUGGAAGAAGAAAACAGAAAGGAAGAAAAGUCGGUUGUAAGACAUCUGGAAGAACUUAAGGAAAAUGGAAAUAGUGUUGGGCAUGAGCCUGUAAAUGAAUUAAUGCCAGAAGAAAUCUCUGAUGAAGGGUGGCAAGAGGCCAGGCGGACUGUAAAUAUUGGUGGCCGCAAAUUUCAACCAAGACACAAAGCUCCUGCGGAGUUAAACAUGAACAAAUCUGAAUCCUCUUACUAUAGAGAGACCAGAUUCAACAGAAAAACAAAAUCACCACCCUGGAAAACAAUCUCAAAAACUGCUUCUAAUGAAGUCUCUGCUGCUUUAAAGCAGCCAAUAGCUCCAAGCUUGAGUCUUGAAGUGGAUCAAAUCAAAUUGCAAGCACAGAAUGCAGCUUUGAGACUUCCCUCAGCCCCAUCUACUCUCACUACUAUGGCUUCAAAAUCUCUAUCAUACAAAGAAGUGGCUGCAGCACCUCCUGGUACAGUUUUAAAGCCAGCAUUGGAGAAAUCUGAAGAAAUGAAAAGGGGAAAAGCUGAUAGUCAGAGUUGUGAUAUUCCAGUGGAGGAAUCCAAUGAGGAAGAAGUCAGCAAGAUAAUUGUAGAAGUACCAAAUGCCGAAGAGAAAGAACAUGAAGAUUGUAACAAUGAUGAAGCUCAUAUUGAAAACACCACCACUGACGAGGAGACUUCGUGCUUGUCUAAUCAUGUUCUUUCUGAUGAGGAGACUUCAAGCUUGUGUAAUCAUGAAAAGGUCAUAGAAAAUGGGAGUAAACUUUCUGCUGCUGCUCAACCAUUUAAUCCUGGAUCGUUCACUUUGAUGAAUCCUCUCAAAUCAAUUGGCAUAGCAGAUAUCAAUGAGUUUACAGCCAACCAAAGAAUUCUUCCGUCCCAACCUAUGGAAAUUUCUCAUCCUCCAUCUGUUGCAGCUAGAAUCCCUUGUGGGCCUAGAUCAUCUCUGUAUCACAGGAGCGGUCACUUUUUUCGCAUGAAACAGGGUUUUCACAAAUACCAGAUUCCUGCUGCCGAUAGAAGUUCCAUCAGGCCUCCAAGGAUCAUGAAUCCACUUGCACCUGAAUUUGUCCCAAAUAAAACUUGGCAACCUAUUCCUGGAAAUGGUAAACUCGAACUCUCGAAUGACUGCGCCCAGGUAAUUGGGUCAUUAAUUGAUAAGAGUAAGAACUUGGCAUUGGAGGAUCAAAAACAUGAUCCUGCACUGAGAACUGAAAUCAAAGAUGAUAGUGAUGAAACCCAGACAUCUAACUCCCAAAAAUCAGAGCUUGCACGACAGAUACUGCUUAGUUUCAUUGUCAAGUCAGUCCAGCAUGAUUUGGAGCCCACAAACAAAACUGAGACUGGUGAAAAGAAAAAUGAAGAUCAACAGAAUUCUUCACAUCAAAGUGAAAGUGAUGGUGCAAUUAUCAAGAUUCUUUAUGGGGACGAAGUUAAAUUAGAAUCAGUAUCUCAUUGCAAGGAUCAUGAACAAUUGAAGAUGGUAGAUGGAGAUAAGAACAAGAAUGGGGACAAGGAAGGAUUCACAGUUGUCACAAAGAGGAGAAGAAACCGGCGUCAAUUCACAAAUGGGGUAAAUGGGUUGUACACUCAGCAGUCUGUAUGUGCUUCAGUCCAUUAAAGUGAAGGUGUGAAACGUUGUGAUGAUAUUCUCCUUCUGUCUUCUGUUGUCAACUGGUGAGAUAUCUCUUCAUGUCACAUGUUUUAUAUUGUACACGUUAUUGAAAUAGAAUGUAGUUGGAAGAGCAAUUGUAAUCAGUUUGCAGAUUUAUUGAUAAAAGCCCAGUUGGGAUGUUUAUGGAA